AUGAAGGAGGGAGUUGCAGAGGUGGGGGCAGCCACCAGUUCUUCUUCCCUUGCUGGUGUCUCUUCGCGUCUCACUUUUCAGUUAUCAAUGGCAGUCCCUAAACUUGAUAAGAAGAUCGUUAAGAAGAGGGUCAAGAAGUUCAAGAGGCCCCACAGUGACUGGAAAAUAUGUGUCAAGGAAAACUGGCGUAGACCAAAGGGUAUUGAUUCCCGUGUAAGGCGUAAGUUUAAAGGUGUCACUCUUAUGCCCAACAUUGGUUAUGGUUCAGACAAAAAAACUCGCCACUUUCUUCCCAAUGGUUUCAAGAAGUUUGUUGUCCACAAUGCUAAAGAACUUGAAGUCCUCAUGAUGCACAAUAGAACAUAUUGCGCUGAAAUUGCACACAAUGUAUCCACCCGUAAAAGGAAGGAGAUUGUUGAACGCGCAGCUCAGUUGGAUGUGGUUGUUACCAACAAGUUAGCCAGGCUUCGCAGCCAGGAAGACGAAUGAGGUUGAUAGCCAUAGUCCAUUCCGAUUCCGAUCCCAUUUCAUAUUCCAAUUCCGAUUCCCAUUCCACCUGUUCUUUCAUUUACAUUCCAAUGUUAAAGAAUCUUGCUAGGAGCAAAGUUUUAAGUGUUUUGAAAUUAUUAUAUUGAAGAAUGAAGAGUAGUUUAUUCUGCUAAUUAAAGAUAUAAUGAUCUUUGCAUACAUAUAUUUUAUCUACACAUAUCAACUAAUUUCUCAAUCUUUCUAUAUAUGUUUAUAUCUCCCUAAAAUCGUUAAAAUUUACUUGUCAACCAUGUAGCAUAGUUGGUUAAAAUCUAUUUGUCUUGUUGGAUUCUCCCAUCUGAUGAUUUCUUUAAUGCAUUUUUCAACUUCUUUUAUUUCCUCCAUAAGUCUGUAGAUGCAAAACGACAAGGAAUUCAAGUGAAGAAUCGUUUUCUCUUUCCAGUCUUCGGUUGCUUGAAUUUUAUCUGUCGCCUCCUUUAUGUGUUGAAGGAAAGCAUCGAUGUCUUUAGUUGUUGAUUCCGUCGACACCGGAAUCGGUCUUGCUGAUUCCAGGUCCAAAAAUCCUUCCUGUUCUUGUAACUGGUGCUCGAAGUCUUCGAUAGAUUUCACCGACAUGAUGUUUUGUAGAUGCUUGAUUCCGUUCCCCUUCAACAUCUCUAGAUUCCGAAUGACAUGUUCUUGAAGCUCUUUCCGACCUUCAUCGGAAUCGAUAAACUCCAAGUUAUAGAUCAUAAUUUGCAUCAAAUCAACUAUUGUCGAUAAGCUCUUUUGAACACGAUCAUAGCAAUUCCCACGGAAUGAUUGAAACCAGAAACACGGUUCCAACUUCGCGUCUCUGCUCAAGUUCUUCAACAAAUUUAAAUCGGAUUUUAACCGUUUGAUAUUUACUUUAACUAAAACUAAAUUCAAACUUGAUAUUUUGUUGAAGCAAUCGUCUACUAUCCCCAAACAUUUUGACACGUGGCGUUUCACCAGAGUUGUAGCUCUGACCGGUUCAAGAACAAUUUCCAACACCACCAUGCAAAAAAGCCCGAUUGAAACCUCCGUUAACCUCGCAAUUGCAAAUUCCUUCACCGGUCCGUAGUUUUUCCGGCCGAGAAUAAGAAGAGCUCCGAUCACCGCUGAGAUGCCGCCACUUUCUCCAAACAUCCGGCUGUGUUGCAACAAGCUUGUGAGAACAAUCCAUGGAAGAAGAAUUAUGAAUCUUAUUUCAGCAACAUGAUACAAAAGGCAACUCCCGAGCACCCCGUAAACUGUCCCGAUUGCUGUUCCUUGUACUCGAGCAUUUGCAACUGUGAAAAUCGCUUGUCUUCCUUCCACAAAACUAAUCGCGAUUGUUAGCCCAGACCAAUACCCGUUCUUUUUGUCAAAAAACAUUCCCAAAAGCACUGCAAGCCCUAAUGAAAUCGAGCACUUUAAACCAAACACAAUCCUUUGUUGGCUAUAUGGUCCGGUAAUUCUUGACUCUUGGCCAACAUCAAUCGCUUGAACCGAUUCCGAUUCCGUUUUCGUUUCCGAUUCCGGUUUCGGGUUCAUGCUCGAAUUGUUUACGAGUAAUUCGAAGCACGAUAAAAAGAAAAAAGCCGGUAGAUUCCGGUGCGUUGGUGGGGAGUUUGUGAGUGUGUGUAGUGAUUUAUCAAAGAGUUCGUCUUUCCGUUCCGGAACCGUGACCGCUUCAUCGAACGGGACAAAACAUUUGGCAUGGUCGAGCUUUAAGGUCUGGUGGAUGCGUUCGCUUUGCAACACGGAUCUUAACUCCGGAUUCACGAUUCCAAUAGGAAAAGACGGAAUGGAAUCGAGCGCCAAUUCCAUUCCUUUUAUCGGUGUUUCGAUGUUGUCUAAUCGGUCUUCCAUCUUCACGAAACUUCGCUUGAAAUCCCGCAUACGAUACCUCUCCCACUUCACACCUUCCUGGAUGUGGUUGAUGUGGUUAAUGAGCUUGGUUCCUGAUCCCACCAUGGGUUCACCUUGUGAAAUGAGAUCACACGCUGUCGUUUUGUCUUCACUUAAGAAAGCUUUCAUAUAAAGUCCACUUCUUUCUGACGCAUUUUCUGUAUACAACUGAAAUUGCUUCUUCACCUAUACAAAACAACAAAAGUAUAAAAUCAAUAACAUGUCUUUUUUUAGUAAAAUAAUUAUCUAUUUUCGAUGAAAAGACAAAAAGGGAGGUAUCAGGUAUCUAAGCAUACCUCAGUAACAGCCAGUCUAGGGUACGGCAGUAUCAAAGCCAGGACGGAAGCCGACGCCCCAAGGGCGGUGCACGCCGCAACAUGAACCGGGUGAGUCACCGCAUCGGCGGUGCCGCCACGAACCACCGCGCCAACAUAAAUAAUCACAAGCUGUACAAAGGCAAUGCGCUUGGCUAGAAGCGGUAGAAACUCCGGCACCGCCACCAGAAAGGCGCUCAGAGCCACCGCGGCGGCGGCACCACUCUCGGUGAACCGUGAGGGGCCCACCGCCCAGAGACAGAGGAUGGAUGAGGGGAGGACAAGGACGGUGGCACAGAGUGCAUAGAAAGAGCCUCUUAAUGUGGUGCCGAGUGUGGCGUCUGAAACGAUUAAGAUGGCGGUUACAUAGGCUACGGAUGGGUAUUGGAUUUGGUUGCGGAUGUGUUGUGGACCAUAUAGGGCGGUGCAGCCGAUAAUAGUGCAUGCUAUGGCGGUUCUCAAGGCGGAAGCUAGUCUUUCCCGCCAUAUAGCACCUGCAUGGGGCGGCGUCACCACCAUUUUGACUCCCAUUUUCUUGUUUCGAUUGAUCCAAAAUGUGUGUAAAUUUGGUGUCCUCUCAACUUUUGAUUACUAUGGAGUUUGAUAGAAUGAUCGAAUGAUGUGUUUGGUUUUUUUGGUGUUUAGUUUUUCAUGCACGGUGGUUUUGUAGGGGAUGAAAAGUGUAGUGUUG